UGUGUGGAGAUCCCUGGGCUGUCUGAGGAAGAGGAGCCCGUCCCCAACCGCAAGAUCCAGUUCAGCACAGCACCCAUCCAGGUGUUCAGCACUUACUCCAACGAGGACUAUGACCGCCGCAAUGAGGACGUCGACCCCAUGGCCGCCUCGGCCGAGUAUGAGCUGGAGAAGAGGGUGGAGAGACUCGACCUCUUCCCUGUGGAGCUGGAGAAAGACUCCGAAGGGUUGGGGAUCAGCAUCAUCGGGAUGGGAGCGGGGGCUGACAUGGGCCUGGAGAAAUUGGGAAUCUUCGUCAAGACGGUGACGGAAGGAGGGGCAGCCCACCGGGAUGGCAGGAUCCAGGUGAACGAUCUGAUUGUGGAGGUGGAUGGCACCAGCCUGGUGGGGGUGACCCAGAGCUUCGCUGCCUCCGUCCUCAGGAACACCAAGGGCCGUGUCCGGUAGGACCCGGGGCUGGGGGGCUUGAGGGGCUGGGAGCAGAGCGAGGUGGCACAGCUGAUCCAGCAGACGCUGGAGCAGGAGCGGUGGCAGCGGGAGAUGAUCGAGCAGCGCUACACCCAGUACACCGAGGACGACGAGGAGACGGGUGAAUAUGCGACAGACGAGGAGGAGGAGAUGAGCCCCAUGUUCCCUGGUGGGGAGAUGGCCAUCGAGGUGUUCGAGCUGGCCGAGAACGAGGACACGCUGUCCCCCGUGGAGAUGGACCCCGAGAAGCUGGUGCACAAGUUCAAGGAGCUCCAGAUCAAACACGCUGUCACCGAGGCCGAGAUCCAGCAGCUCAAGAGGAAGCUGCAGUGCCUGGAGCAGGAGAAGGCACGCUGGCGGGCUGAGAAGGCCCAGCUGGAGCAGAGCGUGGAGGAGAACAAGGAGCGGAUGGAGAAGCUGGAAGGGUACUGGAUGGAGGCCCAGAACCUGUGCCAGGCCGUGGACGAGCACCUCAAGGAGACCCAGGCCCAGUACCAGACCCUGGAGCGCAAGUACAGCAAGGCCAAGCGGCUCAUCAAGGAGUACCAGCAGAAGGAGAUCGAGUUCCUGAAGAAGGAGACGGCGCAGCGGCGGGUGCUGGAGGAGUCGGAGCUGGCACACAAAGAGGAGAUGGAGAAGCUGCAGGAGAAGGUGGGCACCGGGCGCCGGGACCAGGGGUGUCCCUGAGCCCCCCAGCCCCGCCCGGCCACGGCCGCACCGCUCC